AUGAUUCACUUCUUUAGGACGCCAUUUGGCGCAAUUGUGAUUCUGUCGAUGUUUGUUACGGGAAUCGUCAUUUAUCUAUCAGAUAAUCCCUAUGCCGAAGAAUCCGAAACAAACCUUGAUUUUGCGCCUGUUGAUGUUUCCAAUCCCUAUGCUAUGGCUAACAAUCUCAACCGCAACCUAUUACAAGAAUACCAUAGACUACUCAAAGAUAUCCCAUCUUUCAAAGAUGACAAUGACGACUCAAUAACUCUUGCCGAGCGACAGCACCGUGCCAUGGUCGGGUACUAUGGUGAAAUUUUGCAGUCGCGAUUAGACCGCGCUAAACAUGUGCGUGAAUUGCCACAAGCAACAAACUCUGCUGCACAAACCCUCGAGGACCCCAAGGCAGUUGACUGGUCCCAAUACGCAUAUGUGACCUACGCCACUUCUGGUGACUACCUGUGUGCAGCUCUGAUGUUGUUUGCACAGUUACGUGAUGUCCAUGGUACAAAGGCCCGCUUUGCGCUGCUGUACCCUCGCGCUUGGGGGUUCCCAUCCACAGACCCUGGCCAACUGGCUCGUGAAAAACAUGAUGCCGACGCCCUGGCAAAGGGUCACAGCAAACAGGCAGUAAAGGCUGCUCUUGAAGGUGCGCAUGUUACACGAUUGCUGCGCAAAGCUAAGGACCUCUUUAAUGUUGAAUUGAUUCCAGUACGUCCUCUGUCAAUGCGUAUUGCACGACAAAUAGUGGAAGGUACUCACGGCAAGGAAAAUUUGGUGCUGAGUGGUGAUGAUGUUGGAAAAUCCACUGGUAUCUGGGAUGAAGAUGAAAACGAUGACUCGACUUGGAAACUCAGUUUCACAAAGAUUCUUGCCUUUAACCAAACACAAUACAAAAAAGCCAUUGUUCUUGAUGCUGAUGCAUUUGUUAUGCAUUCCCUUGACCAUUUAUUUUUUGCAGAAACUGACAAGCAAGAACUUGAAAAGCACCGUGUCGCAGUUGACGUCAAUCCUAAAGAUGAGUUUAGCAUCAAAAACGGGGCUACUGUUCUUGGACCCUCGCCAUACUGGCUAUUGUCUCCGGAUCACGUUGCUCAUGCAGGAGACUCGCCAGAACGCCGCGCAUCCACCGACCACAUUCCGCUUGAGUUUACAUCCAUGCUUGAGGUUGUAACUCCGUCAACCUCUGGGUUCAUGCGGCUUGUGGAGCGUCUUGCUGAGCUGGACCAGGCACAUGAGACGCUCCAGGCUCACGAAGAGCGCGAAGUUUUUUAUGAUAUGGAGCUUGUCAACCAUGUGUUUGCCAACGUUUCGCUUCCGGAAGCUGACCCGGCCCGCAAACACCGAUACUUGUUGAACCGCUCUGGCCAACCUAACUCUUAUGGCGUUUUGGAUCAUCGUGGUUUGGUCAUGCUGACGGGUGAGCUUGCACACAAGAGCCACGAACAGUUUUUCGCAGGACACAUUCAAGGUACCCAAAGAGACGAAAAUUCUAAAUACUCGAGAGAAACAGAGGCCGCUUUGCUUUGGCAUCCGGGAUAUGCCGUGUCUACAACAGCAUAUAUUCAUUUUUCAGAUUGGCCAUAUCCCAAGCCAUGGGUUCAAGCGACAACUGAACGUUUGAUGGAGGCACAACCCGAUUGCUUGCCUCAUGCAGAACUCAAGCUUAACAAAGACGGCGAAUAUUAUUUCGAGCGUCCUGAAAAGAAUCCUGUUGACUGCAGCGCGCGUCGCCUCUGGAACGCCUUUUAUGUGGACUACUAUAAUCGCAGAAGUCAAAUUUGUCAAUUGGAGUUGACUGGUUAG